AUGUCCUUUUCUAUCAGUACAUUUUUAUCUAACAUUGGAAGUUGUUCUGGAGAUCCUAAAGAUAUAGAAAAAAAUUUAAAGCUUAUGAAUGAUGAAAUUCAAAAAAGAAAGUUAAAAUUGACAAAAAGAAAUAUCAGAGAUAUCAUUACAAUUUUUUAUGAUGAAACUUCUAAGUAUCCAGAAUUAAAUGAUUUUUGGGGAAAAUAUGUAAAUGUUAUACGGUACAAUAACAAAGAAGUUAGGCGUCUUAUUGUUCGUGAUUUAAUAGAAAGAGAUGUAAAAAAUAAAGUACCCUGUCCUUAUAGCUUGUUAGAUAUCAUUUUCAAGGACAAAGAAUUAAUCAAAUUAAUAAAUUUACCUGAAACAUAUCUCCAGUCUGCUUUGCAAGUUAAAAACUUAACUACAGAUUUUUUAAAUUACCUUGGUGGUGACUCUAAAGAUGGAAAGAUUUUUAGAUUAAAUUUAGGAAACUUAAUUGCAGAUAAUUGGAAUUGUCUUAUGUUUCCAAAAGAUGAAGAAAAAAUUACAAAAUCAAUUGAAGAACUUUUGAAGUAUCUUGGACUUAAUCGAUGCAAACUUAAUCAAAUAGAUGAUGCAGAUAUUUUAUUAAAUUUUGAACAUUUUCGAAAAGUUUGGUGCAACUUAAAUAUGGAUGCUUACCUUGAUAAUAAUCAAGAAGAAAUGUUUUACCAUGGUAAAAUUGUAAGCAGAAGUGGUUUUUUUGAUUGUAAAAAAUUGCUUGUGGAUUAUGAAAAAGGAAAAAUUAAAAUUGAGCUUUUUUUGGAUCAUUUAUUUGAUACUAUGGUGCAUGAUAAUAAAAAGGAUGAGGUACUUCAUCAUCUUAAGACCAACCACAUUGAUAUUUAUUAUACUUUUAAUAAUUUUAAAAUAGAUUGUGAUUAUGAAAUUGGAGUUAUUCCUAAGGAAAUCAAUAAACAUUAUUCACAAAUGGAUUAUCCUUCUAGAUUAAUUAAACCAGAAAUUGGAGACAGUUACUUUAGAAUUGAAACAUCAUCACUUUUUGUGGAGUGUGAUCCAAAAAUAUGUAGUAAUGACUGUGAUAAAGAAUCACACUAUGAUUUUUUUAAAAUGAUGUAUAUUGAAGAUUCCGAAACAGCUCUUAAAGUUAUUAAUGAUUUGAAAAAUCUUGCAAAAAAUGGCGCACAACAAGUAAUGUUUAUGGAUAUAAAGUGUGCUGUAAGAGACUCUAAGGAACAAAUAGCAUAUAUUAAUAUAUAUAUACCAAAAUCAAAAUUAUUUUCAUUUAAUGUUUAUGAAAUUGAUAAUUCUCAGACAAUGAGCAAUAUUGUAAAUAUUUUAUUUUCAACAAGAGGAUUUAAAAUAUUUUGUUAUGAUUGGAAAAGUAUGGAACAAAAGUUUACAGAAAUGUUUGGAGAUGUUUUUGAUAUUCGUAGAUCUGAAAAAUUUCCUAUUUCUACAAUUAUUUGUUUAAUAAAUAGAUUAAAUACCUUAGUAGAGUCAUCAGGAGGUGAAUGUUCAAUACCUAAAUAUUUUCCAAUGACAUGGAAAAAUGCUUAUCGAUAUAAAAGCAUAGAUUAUAGUAUUAGUAACGAAGAAGAGAUUUCUGAUGAUGAAGAAUCAAUUACCAAACAACAAAGAAAAUGUAUACGAAAAAUGUCUAAAAAUAUGGCAUUUAGAAAUUUAUGUUAUUUAACUACUUCCUAUGAUUUUGAUGAAUCAGAGUCUACUCAUUAUUCUUACUGGCAAAGAAAACCAUUAAGAUUAGAACAAAAAAAGGAAAUGACAACCCGUCUCUUGGCAUUGUAUGAUAUUGUAUAUCAUUUAAACAAUGCUAUGUAUAAGGAUUCUGAGUACAAAAAUAUUUCUUUACCCAUUACAGAUGUUCGAACUGGAUUUCUUAAAUAA